AUGAAGCUCCUCUUGCCAUGCUUUAUUUUUAUGUUAGCGGGCGUUUCGGCUCAGAACGACGGCUGCCAAUAUGAAGGUAUUGUUAGCCUCUGCGCGGCUAAAGAGACAAAAAAUUGUACUUUCACUUACCCGCCUUGUUCAGCUGUUACAACCCCUGCCCAGGCGACCCUCGGGGUUCCGCAGCCCUUGGCCAACUCUCCACCUACUGCCAGUCUACUCUCUAUGACUCCUAAGUUCCAAGGCAUUCUUAGAGUCACCGCCCAAGCAGGCUACCGCUACAGGUAA